AUGCCUUCUGCUACAGCCGCCAAGCCGAAAUUGAAGCUGCAGAUGGAGCUCUUCAGCGAGGCGAAGGCACACUGGGCUGCGCCUUAUCGCCAAGUUUUCUGUCAGCACGACAAAGACACGGUGGUGCUCUUCCGGGCAUGCUGCGAGCACCUCGGGCCGCAUGCGACGGCAACGCAGUGCUUCCGCGGGAGCCCGUGCUACGAGAAGGACAGAACGCGCAUGAUGUGGUUCGACUCUUCGUUCCUCGUGUCGAUGCGAAAGUCGGAGUGGGGCACGAAAAAGGGCAGGGAAGUCGUCCUUGCAAUUUGGGUCAAGCGCUCGUUCAUCGAGGACUGCUUCGGCAUGGCGGUUUGCUCCAACACGUUUGGGCCCUCUUGUGGCGGCGGCGGCGGUGGCAAUGGCAGCAGCGGCGGCCGCAAGGGAAGCGGUGGUAUUGGAAGGCGCAGCAGCUUUGCCGUGACCCCCUUUCCGACUAGCGACAGCGGCGGCGACGACGGCCGAUCCCCCCCGACCUCGGGAUUCCCCACCCCCGUAAACAGUGUGGCCGGUUCACCCCCCGCGUCCCCUGUCAGCGGACAGCAGCAUCAGCGACGAGAGCAGGAAGCCACUGCGUCGGAAAGUGAAGGAGGACGGGCCAGUGGCGGCGACGGCGCUCGUGACGAUGCCCGUCGUGCUGCCGCUGCUGCUGCGACGUCCACCGCUCUGCUGUCGAAGGGACAAGCCAGCCUGGCGCAAGGAAAUGAGAAUGACGAAGACGACGACAACAUUCCCCGCGGUCGAGCAGUUACGGGCGACCCAUCAACGAGAUAUUACUUUGGUGGAAGCGCAGGUGAUCCUUUGGGAGAGCGCAGGAGCGAAGGCGGGAGCGGGGGUGGGGGCUUCGAUGAAGGCGCGGGCCUGGAAGGGGGGGGGAGAGCACCGGAGCGCAGGGCUCGAUCGCAAAGCUUGGCAUCGCCGAGCUACAGCGGCAGGAUGACGGACGGGGUGCGCUUGCACUGGGAGCCGGAAAGGCUUCCUUCCGGCGAGAAGCACCGUACGCGCCGCGUCGUACAGCUCGGCCUGAAGGGGAAAUGGUUGGAGAGGCUUGGUUCCGGGGACGCUGUUGUACGUGUAGAGCGCCUAGAUGACCUCCUGAUCGAGCAACGCACGGCGUUAACCUCCUCCGAGCCGCACCUGUUGAGGGUACCGGUGGCAAGGCCGCUUGAUAUGGGCCAUCUCCAGGACACCCAGUUAGCUGCGCUUCACCUCGUGAGCGAGAGAGCCCGGCCAAAGUUGCGGAUCCUCUGCCUCCAUGGGUACCUCCAGAACAGCCAGAUAUUCAGCCAGAGGACGCGCCAGCUCUGUAAGAAGCUCAAGAACACGGCCGAGCUGGUGUACGUGGACGCGCCGCACCUCCUCUCUCCCGAGGAGCUUCCGCCGCCCUUGCCCCCCAACCCUUCCUCCCCCCUACAGGCCGCAGCCUCAAAGUUCACGGCGGCGGCGGCAGCGGCGGCCGCAAAGGUGGUCAACACGGGAGAGGGAGGAGCACUAGGGGUCGGGAAGGAGCAGUUGACGCCGGCCUCUUCGCCCACGUUCUCGCCUCCGGCGUCCCCUGCUUGUGGGAGCAAGACGGAAAGUGAUAGCGGCGGCGGCGGUGGUAGCGAAGGCAACGCAGGUACUCCUGGGCAGCAGCAACAGCAUCUGGACAGGGUUGGGGCGCGCACGUGGUGGCGAUGCGACCCAGAGGAGAGGAAGAGGGCCAAAGCCGUGCCAGGGAUGGCUGGGCGGUGCGAGUGGAAGGGCCUGGAGGAUAGCCUUGCGUUUCUGAGGCAAGUGUGGGACGAGCGGGGCCCCUUUGACGGGUUGCUGGGGUUCAGCCAGGGAGCGGCGAUGGCGAGCAUCUUCAAUCACUGCGCAUUCUCCGGCCGCGAGAGCUGCAGCAACGGCGGCGGCAGCGGCCACGGCGACCUUGCGGCUUAUGAAACGCCCCUGCUGCCCCCGCCGAGGUUCGGCGUCUUCAUCUCCGGCUGCUAUCAACCGCAUCCCACACAGAUCCUGAGCUACCCGCUGACCCAAGACCAGCCCCAGGAGACGCUUCCGAGCAUGCACGUGUGGGCUAUCGAGGAUCGGUUCGUGCCGGCUUCGCAGUCCCAGAGGCUUGCGGGGAUGUACCUGCGCUCCGCCGUGUUCAUGCACCGCGGCCGGCAUUGCGUGCCCCAGAACAAGGACAUCGUGCCCAACUUUGUCCGAUUCUUGGAAGAACGGCGGUGAGCUACGCUAUGGGGCGUAGCCAAAUCCUCUGCUGGCCUUCGGAAGUUUUGCUUGUCUGUGUAUGGCGAGGUUGGCCUUGUUUUGGCUCGGUUUAGAUGUGAUGUUGGGUAUGGGUAGGU